CAUUGCAAUUUGCAGGUCCAAAAAGAAAGCAUUUAUGCCCUUUGAAUUUUGACCUUCUUUUUUCUAAAGAGAUCAAAUCAAUGGUGGUUUCGUCUUGAUGGUAGGUUAAGAUUAGGCCCCACUUCUCUCAUGAAACUAAGGGCCCAGAUUCAAACUUUGUAACUAAAGUGGGUGAAUGAGAGCUGAGUAGCUCUGCAGACACGGGGGAAGGGAACUCAACCCCAGACUUUCCCCCCCUUCACUUUGCAAGCAAAGUUAAUGAAAAAUUAGAUCUUUUUUUUUUUUUCAGUUCUAUAAAAAUCCCUGACUUUCCCAUAAAGAGGAAGGGAAGCAAUGAACGUGAGCCGUCCGGCGGUGCACCCGGUGGAGGCUCCACCGAUGACGGAAGCGGCGGUCCAUGGUCCUAGAGUAAGGAUGAAGGACAUCCAAGGCAUGCCUGGGACUAAAGGUGGCCUCUUUCUUCGUCUUUCUCAGUUCAUUUUCUCCAUCAUUUCUGUCUCUGUCAUGGCCACCACCAAUGACUUCCGCUCUGCCACAGCUUUUUGUUACCUAGUUCUUGCUGUUGGCCUGCAAAGUUUGUGGAGCCUGUCCUUGGCAUUCGUUGACAUGUACGCCCUUUUGGUUAAACGAAGCCUGCGAAACUACAUAGCAAUCCGUUUGUUCACCAUUGGUGAUGGGAUCACUUCGACACUUACAUUCGCCGCUGCAUCUGCAUCAGCUGGCAUAACAGUCUUGAUUGACAAUGAUCUUGAUAAAUGUAGUGUGAAUCACUGCACUAAGUUCGAAACAGCUACAGCAAUGGCCUUCAUCAGCUGGUUUGCAAUGUCACCAUCCUUUCUGUUGAACUUCUGGUCAUUGGCUUCCCACUGAUAAUUGUGUUGCACUUCUGCUGUAAGCCUUUUGCAGACUUUCCAAUCUGCUGUAUUGUUGAUUACACCAACUCUGUAUAUAUAUUUUUUGCUAGGCUUCCAAUACUUGUAUCUUUGAGGGAACAGGGUAUUUAAAUUAUAAGUUACUUCCUUUCCCUCUAUUCGCUCAAUCCCUAACACUUGUUGGCUACUGAUCAUGGAUUUUCAAUGAUAAUGAUUAUUGAACUUCAAGCUUA